AUGGUAAGUGUGCAUCUCAUGAUAUUCCUGUUAGACGAUAUUCCCCUCCUCUCACUCGAGAUGUAGAUCUCCGAUCCGCCAUUCUUCCUACCUUCUGCGUUUCAUAGUUUGGAUCCGGUGUUGUUGUUCUUCGUGGGUGACUCCUAAAUCUCUGUGGAUCGACUGCAGGCCACCAUAGGAGUGAACGUGUCGGAGGAAUGCAGGAAGUCGUUCAUGGAGAUGAAGUGGAAGAGGGUACACAGGUUCGUCGUCUACAAGAUCGAUGAGCGGUCGAGGGCCGUCACGGUGGACAAGGUCGGCGCUCCCGGAGCGGGCUACGAGGAUCUCGCUGCCUCCCUCCCCGACGACGACUGCCGGUACGCCGUCUACGACUUCGACUUCGUCACCGUCGAUAACUGUCCCCGGAGCAAGAUCUUCUUCAUUACAUGGUACGUAUUCUUCUCUCUCUCUCUCUCUCUCUCUCUCUCCAUCCGGUGAUGUCACCGAGAUUACCAGGAGAAUAGAUAUUCUCCUUCACAGUUUAGUGGGCUUUGAGAUGGUCUUCUGCCUAGCUUUCCCGUCGAAUGAUCGACAAGAGCGUGAUAUUAUGCGAUCGGAGCGAAUGAUUCGAGAGAGUCCAUGCAGGGCGCCUUCGGCCUCGAGGAUUCGAGCGAAGAUGCUGUACGCCACGCUGAAGGAAGGUCUGCGGAGGGUUCUGGAGGGGGUCCACUACGACAUGCAGGCCACCGAUCCCACCGAGAUGGGCAUCGACGUCAUCAGGAGCCGGGCCAGGUAG